CAACUCUUUCUGCAACGGGCCCCCAGACUUUUCAAAUCAGUGGCGUUAUGAGUAAAAUAAUCUUGAGAGGGUCAGACAUGGCGCAGGGGGCAAAUUAUUCUUAACACUACGAACGAGCGAAGCGAGAAAUGUCUUAACAUCUUGAAUACAAAAUCAAAAUUGUGUGAGUUUUUUGCAUAUUAUAAAAAUUACAUACGUCACCACUUUCAUUUCAUUUUCUUUCUUUUUGUCCUUAUACUUGUGGGGGUUGGGGUCCAUUCCAACAUCUGUUUGUUCCGAAUGGUUGUCUUUGACAUUACAAGCAACCGAUUGAAAUAAAAUAUACGUUCAUGCUAAGCUUUAUGUAACCGGGUCCGGAAUACUAUUAAACCUGAUAAUGAUACUCGAACUGAAAUUCCCCCUUUUCUACUUAAAGGCCUAUGUAAUUAAAGCGAUCGAAACAUCCUUUGUAAAUACCAAGCGUUUCCGCGAUAUGAAACUUGAUCUUAAUAGUUCCAUUUUACGUCAAAGUAUUAAUUGAUUAUCUUUUUUCUAUAAUGUCUUUCACAUCCACGCAGUAGGCAUUAUACCUGCUUUGCGUUUUUAUAAUCGUGGUUUUGAAGGAAGCAAAGAGCACUAGCACAACUUAUUUCCAUAUCAUACGGAUUUUAUUUCCACAACUACAUUCAAACUUGAUUGGAAAAGUGGUCUAGACGAAGUGAAGUGAAAACAUAUGAGGAGUUCCUCUUCCAUCUAAAGUGGAUUAUAGAUCUAUGCCAACAUGACUACCCCAAUGUCAACAUUGUAUGGAGAUACAUUUUUAACGACCGGGAUGGUUACCGCGAUGAAUGCAACCGCCGAAACCGUCCUCCACAAGUCAAACUCACUCGCAGUUAUCCUCGAGUCUUCCACGCUCGCUCUCAUCAUGGCGAUCGCAAUCGUAGCCAAUCUGGUCGCCAUGGUUACCAUCUUCCGUGUCCCGAUGCUGAGGAAGAAUCCGCAUAAUAUCUUGAUCGUCAAUCUGACGCUGGACGAUCUCGGGGUCGCGUUAACGAGCAUGGUGUUUUCAAUGAUAUCUGUAUUCGACGACGGCCGUCUCUUGAAGACAUAUCCUGUCCUGUGCGAUUUUAAUGGAUAUUGCACAGUGUUAUUCUCCGCUUCCAGUUUUGCCACCAUCACCUGCAUCGCUAUCGACCGCUACCUAUCUGUAGUCUGGUCUACGCGCUUCCCGCCAAGCCAUCGACGCUCCUGCAUUAUGGUUGUCGGGAUCUGGAUUUUCUCUGCAUCAUACGCAGCUCUGCCAUUGGUUCAUUUCCUUUCAUCUUUCUCCUAUCUGGACGGCACGCACCACUGCUCGCCCAUCUGGGAGAAUUGUUUCUUCUACGUCGUUGGUUUCAUGGUCAAUUAUGUCGUCACAAUACCCAUAAUGUUUCUUUGUUACGUGUUUGUCUUCCGGGUCAUUUGGAAGAAACAGGUGAAGUUAAGUGAAUACCAGGCAGCAGCCAAGAACCUCACAUAUAGCCAACAAUCAUUUGAUGACACAAUUGGUGAAUCUGGAUCUAAAACGGGCCAGUCUGUUUCCUUUGCACUUGUUCCUCCAUCUUCCGGGAUGUCCACUUCUUCAGACGAGAUCAAGGAAAGGAAUGGAGUGGCAAGAAUGUCCAAGUCUCUAUCAAUGCCACAGCUGGAUGUUUUGGGGUCUGAAGAAUGUUCUUCAGUUGAUUUGAAAACAUAUGACAGAUGUACAGGAGAUUGCCAUCUUAGAGGAUACCAUAACUGUGAGAGAUGCAGAUCACUUCUUAUCGAACAAAUUCGUGGCUGCACUGCAAACCAAGAGAAUGGACGUGAAAGACCUGUCCAACGAUCAGCAAGCACAGUCGGACCCUCACGGAGAAAGUCCAAGCGAGGUCAAUCUCGCGGGCGGAGUUGUUCAACUGACAGACAGCUUUCUACAUCCAGGUCAUUUGGCAGAACUGACGUUGAGGUCAGAAAACCGAGAAAGGUUUCAAGAAGUCUUGACCGGUCCGGGUCUUUCUUUUCUCUGUCAAGUCUCCGUCGCAAGUCAUUUGGGCUGAAACGCAAUACAACGGGAAAAGCGACCAAAGAGCAGCGGAAGAUGUACAGAAAACGUAUGAAGAAACUCACAGCAGACAAACAAGUUGCUCUUACAGGGUCAUUUCUGAUUCUAUCCAGCCUCAUCUGUUGGUUACCUUAUGCCAUCACACGGUCUUGUUUCUUCCCUGUCGACACCAAACACUGGGUCGAGGUCACCGCCAUGUGGAUCUCCUUCGUCAAUGCUUUCCUUGAUCCAGUCAUCUACGCUUUCAUGAACAGGCGAGUCAAGGCCAAGAUAAGGGAGGACUUCAGGGCUAUUCGACGGUGCAUCAGGUCCUGCGGUCGCAAUGAUUUAGAGGAAGACGACUCGUAGAUAUUGCUGAUGGCAUCAUCAUCAUCAAAAGCAGCUGAAGCCUACAUGCCAAUCUUCAGACAAUCCAAAGUAUAUUUACCACUGACAUUUAUGACUUGGAAUAAAAAGGUAAAAUCAUUCAAUACUUCAUGACCAUUAAAUGUAGCUAGUAAAACCAAAAAGCCCACAGACCUGGGGCCCUGUUUCAUAGAGUUAAAACAAUUGCAACUUUGCCAUUAUGGCGAUUACCAUGUACACUCUGAUCUUGGUUGGUAGUAAAGCUUAUUCUCUGCAUAGUUGUUUCAAAGGUACAUUAUUUCAAGACCAGCAAUUUAUAACACUCAGUUAAUGAGAGACCAAACACUUUUGGACACCGUUCUCACUACCUUCCUAAAACUAGUUCAGAAGCAAUCUUCACAGAAUGCCUACGCUGUGGUUUCGAAUUUCGCGCGAUAAGUGUCACCCCACUGACAGCGUUCUCAUAGCAAAAAGAUCACUUUACAUGAAGUGAUUUUAAAAACCACUUCCGGGUGAUCGAAUGGGAACGCUAGCAAAGCAAUCUUACAAACUGGUUUCCUCAACCGGUUUCCAGUAAACUAGUUUUAGAAAGUGUAGUGAGAACAGGGUCUUGGUCAGUCAUUCUACUACAUAAGUAUGUGCAUUAUCGUCACACAUUUCACUGACAUAUCGCUUCUCAGUCACAAACCUCUUUUCCACUCACCAUCAAGUCUGAAUUUGGUCUGAACAAAUCUGAAACACAUACGAAUUGCACUCUGUAGACGAGCACUAAACCUGCAUCUUGCCAAUGCUCACUCUCAC